CAGGAGAGGAUCCGCGCCUGGCCAUCGAGGUGGGAGCUCCUGUGGAGAAUGGGAUGAGCAGAGCAGGCCCAAAGGAGCAUUUCCCACCAUGAAUGGGUUCCUAAACUGCUCUGCCAACCACACCAAGAUCUGGAGUCACUACUUGGUGCUGGCCCUGGGCAUUCCCCAGCUGACCAUCAACGUCGUCUCCAUCAUCUUCAACUGCACCGUCAUCUUCACCCGCCUGGCCACCAGGGACCUGCACAAGCCCAUCUCCAUCCUCUUCUGCAACCUGGCUGUCUCCGACCUCUUCACCAGCUUCUCUGGCUUCUGGAUUUCCAUGCUGUUCAUCACCAACCCCGACAUCACCAUCUUUGGCUCCCAGGACAUGCUGGCUCCCUACUCCCUGUACACCACCUCCAUUCUGUCCACCAUCUACAACCUGGUGAGCAUCGGCAUCGAGCGCUACCUGGCCGUGGCCGAGAGCAUGAGGACGAGGUUCAGGGUGGCCAGGAACCACUCUAUCGCUGUGGUCUUCAUCAACUGGGUCCUGGCCUUCUUCCUGGGCUGCCUGCCCCUGAUGGGCUGGAACUGCCUGCACGUGGAGAGCAACGUCUCGGUGCUCUACAGCCCCUUCUGCGUCGACUACCUCGUCUUCAUCGCCAUGCCCAACGUGGCCACCGCCUUCCUCGUGCCCCUCUUCACCUACCUGAGGAUCAUCAUCAUCCUGAGGAAGAGGAAGCUGAGGAUGCAGGCGUGCGGCCAAGCCACGGGCACCUACAAGUCGGCGGAGACGCAGGUGGCCAGGACCAGCAUCUCCAUCUGGCUGCUGGCCCUGGUGUCCUACGCGCCCUUCCUGGCCGGCGUCAUCUUCGACGCGGCCAACCAGCGCUGCCACGGCGAGCUGUACCCGGGGGUGUACAUCUUCAGGAACUGCACGGCCAUGCUGAUCACCAUCACCUGCCUGGGCAACCCCCUGCUCUACACGCUGAGGCUCAGGGCGCUGGGCGCCCGGCUGAAGGCGCUGCGCGGCCUCUGGGCCUCGCGCGUGAGGGCCUGCGCCAUCGGCCACGUCUGAGCAAACCCACCCACCCUCAGCUGCCCCGGGGGGAUGUACUGUGACAGAUGAGCAAUGCCGUGGGUGACUCUCACAAUGAACUGACAAAUAUUGUGUGUAUAUCUUGAGAAAAGUUGUUUAGAGGUGAGGUACCCCCUCACGCGGCUGUCAGGGGACAGCUGGGAGGGCCGGCUCGUCGCUGUGGUGGCACCGAGCUCCAGGCAGGAUCUGAGGAAGAGAUUUCCACCACUGGACGGUGAAGAAGAACUUUGGGAAGGGAUAAAGAACUUUGGGAAGGGUUAAAUAACUUUGGGAGGGGUUAAAGGGUUAAAAAGGGAAAAACCUCCAUUGUGAGGGGGCUAAGCACAUGGCGGGAAAAAUCUCUUGCUCCCAAAACCAUCUUCUGCUCCCGGCACCGUAACUUUUUUCUUUCUUCAGUCUCCCGUUGUAUUUUUGAUAAGGUUUAAUAAACCCUCCUAGGCU